UUGUUAUUCCUUAAAUCCAUUUCAAACAAUUGAAGAUGAACAACCUGAUUGCUAGAGAUUUUCUAAACUGCCAAUGUUGCAGUAUGUUGAUAAAGACUUUGGAACUGGUGUGCUGAAGAUAAGCCCUGGUCAUGAUCAUAAUGACUACCUUCUUGCUAGAAAACUUGGUCUCCCAAUACUUAAUGUGAUGAAUAAGGAUGGGACACUUAAUGAGGUUGCUGGACUGUACUGUGGCCUUGAUCGGUUUGAGGCACGGAAGAAACUGUGGUUAGAUCUUGAGGAGACAGGUUUGGCUGUUAAAAAGGAGCCUCAUACAUUACGAGUUCCCAGAUCCCAGCGUGGUGGAGAAGUAAUAGAGCCUCUAGUGAGUAAGCAGUGGUUUGUAACUAUGGAGCCAUUAGCUGAGAAGGCUCUUCAAGCAGUUGAAAGAGGAGAAUUAACCAUUAUGCCUGAAAGAUUUGAGAAGAUUUAUAAUCACUGGCUAUCAAAUAUUAAGGAUUGGUGUAUAAGCAGACAACUAUGGUGGGGACAUCGCAUACCAGUUUGGUAUAUUGUUGGAAAAGAUUGUGAAGAAGAAUAUAUAGUUGCUAGGAAUGCCAACGAAGCUCUUGAGAAGGCUCAAGAGAAGUAUGGAAAAGAUGUGGAAAUUUAUCAGGAACCAGAUGUUCUUGAUACUUGGUUUUCAAGUGCAUUGUGGCCUUUCAGUACUCUUGGAUGGCCAGAUGUGUCUACACAGGAUUUUAAGAAGUUUUAUCCGACUACAGUGCUAGAAACUGGGCAUGAUAUAUUGUUCUUUUGGGUGGCAAGGAUGGUCAUGAUGGGAAUUGAGUUCACAGGGGCUGUUCCUUUUUCUUAUGUUUAUCUACAUGGACUUAUCCGGGACUCACAGGGAAGAAAAAUGUCUAAGACAUUAGGAAACGUAAUAGAUCCAAUUGAUACAAUCAAGGAGUUCGGCACUGAUGCUUUACGAUUCACGCUUGCUUUAGGAACUGCUGGUCAGGACCUUAAUCUAUCCACUGAGAGAUUGACCUCUAACAAGGCCUUCACUAACAAACUAUGGAAUGCUGGGAAGUUUGUGUUGCAAAAUUUGCCUAGUCAAAGUGAUAUCUCUGCUUGGGAAACUAUACUGGCUUGUAAGUUUGAUAAAGAGGAGGCCCUACUCAGGUUACCUUUACCAGAGUGUUGGGUGGUCUCGAAACUUCAUUGUCUCAUUGACAUGGUCACCACUAGCUAUGACAAAUAUUUCUUUGGAGAUGUAGGAAGAGAAACAUAUGAUUUCUUUUGGGGUGAUUUUGCUGAUUGGUAUAUUGAAGCCAGUAAAGCCCGCCUUUAUCACUCUGGAGGUCAUUCAGUUGCUCAGGCAGUUCUUUUAUAUGUUUUUGAAAACAUACUUAAAAUGCUACAUCCAUUCAUGCCAUUUGUAACCGAGGCAUUAUGGCAGGCACUUCCCAAUCGAAAAGAAGCUCUUAUGAAUUCUUCUUGGCCCCAGACUUCAUUGCCAAUGCAUGCGAGCUCAAUAAAGAAGUUUGAAAAUUUACAAUCUUUGACUAGAGCAAUCCGAAAUGCUCGAGCAGAAUACUCUGUUGAACCAGCAAAGCGAAUAUCUGCAUCUAUAGUUGCAGGCAAUGAAGUCAUCCAGUAUAUUUCUAAAGAGAAGGAAGUUUUAGCUCUUCUCUCCAGGCUAGAUUUGCAAAACGUCCAUUUUACUGAUUCUCCUCCAGGCACGUUUCUUAUAUAUUGUCUUCUUUCAGCCAAAGGCUAGGGAGAUAUUUUAUUUGUUCUUCAAUCAGUAGUUGCUGUGACCUGUUAAUUAUCUUGCCACUGUGUGUUGCUAAGCCAUUGUUUAUUUAUGCGGAUGUAAAU